AAUUUUGUAUGUUCAGACAUGCCACCUACAUCCGCAUGCGCUUUAUUCCAAAAAAUCAUCAGCCAUAUUGGUGUGUUGUAUCGCUGUUCUCAAUUAUUUCAAAGACCACAAAGCAAAUAAUUCGUCAUGACGGAUUCUAUGAAGUUUGGUCCUGAAUGGUUGCGUAAUCUCUCAGGAGAAAAUUCUAAUAGUAGUGGUACUAGUGGAAGUACCUCAACUUUAAGUACUCCUCGAUAUCAAUUAGCGGAGCAUAGAUAUGGACGAGAAGAGAUGCUGGCUUUAUUUGACCGUAAUUAUAAACCACCUGAACCAUUGAUAACAUUUUCAACAUUAUAUGUUGAAAAAACUCAACUUCCACUAGCUCUUAUACAGAUGACAGAAGAUGAAACACGUAUGUGGAAUGGAGGCGUGACUAAUAUUGGAGGCCGUGGAAGAGGUGGAAGUGUAGAUCGUGGAGGGAGAAGUAGAAAUGGAAGAGGCAGUUUGUAUUCUUCUCAUUAUUCUAGAGCAGUUGGUUUUGAGGAUUCGGGUGAAGUAAUUCGUAUAGAUUCAGGCCAGUCUUUUCAAGGAAGAAGUCGACCAUUUGAUAGAUCUCAAAGCGAACGAGGUUGGUCAGAAAGAAAUGGAUCUUCUGAUCCAAUUGAAUGGAAUGGUUCUACUAGUCCUAGAAAAGAAUUAUCUCGUGGGACUAGCGGAAGUUCUCUCAUGGAAAGCAAUUGGCGAAGACAUCGAAAUGGCGGGGAAGAUGAUGAUGGUUGGCGUAAAUGGGGUAGAAAUAGUUGGCGCGAAGGGGGCAGUAUAGAUAGGGAUAGACUGGAUAGAAAUGAAGGUGAUGGUGAAGAAAGUCGAAGCGGCGGUGGUGGUGGUGGUGGUGGUGGUGGAAGGUGGGAAUUCCGUGGAAGUCACAGAUCUCCUCAUGAAACAAACCAUAUUCCUCCACCUCGUACUGCGCGUACGUGGGAAUCUAAUCAUCAUGAUAAUCAUGAUAAUCUUCCAGAAUGGGCAACUGAAAACCCUAGUGAAAGUGGAGGACGAUUUGAUGCUUCAGGGGCAUUUCAUGGGGGAAUGUAUUCAGAUGAUGACGAUGAAGGAAUUACUGGCGUACGUAAUUCUCAAGAGUUAAGGACUCGACGUGUCUCUGAAGGAAAUGCUUCCAUUACAUCCAAGUCUGUUAGUAAGUCUGUGUCAUAUGGCACAGGUCAGGGACAAGUAGAAAAUCGCCAUCAUACAAAUAAUUCUACUGGUACAAAGCAUAGGGAAAAAUCAAAAUCUGUUCGUCUACCGGAAGAAAAAGAUAAUGCUACAGAAAGAGACAUUAGUAAUUCUCCAAGUAAAGUAGUACUUUCAAUAUCUAACAAUACUUCAGCAAAGAAUUUAUCAUCUACAUCUUCAUCUGCUUCACUUACUAUGACAAAUGUAAAUACAAAUAAUAUUGAAAGUGAUAAAACUCAACCAAAUGAUGCAGAUAAUAAAUGUUCAAAUGUGAUACAUGAUAGAGGAACUGUAGAACCAGAAGUUAAUAAGGAUAUAGUAGUGUCUACUGUGAAUAGACAAGUAUCCGUACAAACCGAAACACAAAAGGUUACACAUGAUUCAGUAAUAGAUGAUGUAAAGAAAUCUGAAGAUGAUCUAGAUAGAAUGAAGGAAGAAGCUGAUGCUUUAGUAGCCAAAUUGAUGGCUGACGAAGAAAGCCAUAGAGAAAAAGCUGCAACUAUAUCUCCAUCCAUGAGCAAUCAACAAACAUCUUCGAAUGUACAAGAAAAAUGGUUUUAUCGUGAUCCACAAGGUGAAGUACAAGGUCCAUUUUUGGCAAGUGAAAUGGCUGAAUGGUGCAAGGCUGGAUACUUUACUGCGGGGUUAAUGGUAAGAAGGACUUGUGAUGAGAGAUAUACUACUUUAGGGGAGUUAAAGAAAAUUUGUGGAAGAGUGCCAUUUAUUCCAGGGCCAUCCAUUCCUCCCUUAAAGUUAUCCGAACCAGUAAUACCAUCUGCUCCUAGUACAGUACCUGCAGGUAUAACUGCUACUACUUUACCAAAGUCUGGAAUAGAAGAUCCUUUACUUUUACUUCAGUAUCAACAUAUGCGUUUAUUACAAAAUCAACAAAUAUUAUUAAGACAAAUGAGAACAUCAGCUAUAGCUAAACUUUCUCAGUCUGAACAUUGGGCAACUUUAAGCCCUAUCGAACAAAACCAAUUAAUACUCCAAUAUGUUAUUCAGGACUCUGAAAUACCAGAUAUGCCAAUUUCUACAAAUCCAUUUGUGCCUCAUCUUACACCAUCACCAUCAAAUCCUGUUAUGCAGUUAUUCAAUCAAAUGCAACAGGCAAAGGUACAACCCGAACCUCAUCUACCAUCUAGUUCACAAACCAACACUGCAGGACAUUCUGGUCAGAUUGAUCCUAUACAGCAACUCAUUCAACAAAUGGGUGGUAUCCAAAACGUACCUACAAUUUCACAACCAAACUUAAAUUCUGCUUCAUCUCAAGAAGAUAAUCCUAUAAAAUCAUUGCUACGACAGCUUAAUGUUAAUGCAACCGGACAUCCACAAACAUCUCAUAUCGAUACUGUUUGGCCACAUUCACCUCCACAGAUAACUCCACAAUUCAAUGCUCAAAACUGGUUGACACAGGUGGGACCUAUACCUGCAGUACCACCUGGACAAUUACCUACUACACUUUGGAAUUUGCACACUAAAGAAAUAAAAACGGAACAACAAAUACUAGAAGAACAAAAUCUUAAAUUGCAAGAGCAAAGAAAAAAAGAAGAAUUGAGAAAACAAGAAGAAUUACAAAGACAAGCUGAAGAAGAGAAAGCUAAAAGAAAGCAAGAAGAAGAACAAGUUAGACAAGCAGAGGAGGCAAAACGAAAAGAAGAAGAAAGAAAAAAAAAGGAAGAAGAUAAAAAACGAAAAGAAGAAGAAAAGCGGAAACAGGAAGAAGAACAAAAGAAAAAGGAAGAGAAAAAACGUAAAGAAGAAGAAAAGAAGAAAAGAGAGGAAGAAAAACGGAAACAGGAAGAGGAAAAUAUUAAGAGAAAGCAAGAAGAAGAAAAAAGAAAACGGGAGGAAAUUAAAAAACAAGAAGAAAAACAUAAGAAGGAAGAAGAAAAAAAGAAAAAAUUAGAAGAGGAACAAAGAAAACAAGAAGAAGAAAGAAUCAAAAAAGAAACUGAAGCACGCAAGCUGCUCGAAGCUGAAGAACAGGCACGACGUACCGAACAAAGGCGUCGAGAAGCGGAAGCUCUUCGUAAACUUCAAGAAAGAAGUAAAGCACCAUGGGCUCAAGCACCUCGUACACCGGCUCCUACAACUCAUGCUUCACUUGCAGAAAUUCAGAGGCUGGAACGAGAGAAAAAAGCUGAGGAGCAACGGUAUCAACAAUUAAUGCAACAGCAAUUAGCACAACAAAAAGCUGUAGAGGCAGUGCAAGAAGCAGCAGCGACAGAUUCAUCCAAACGGUUACAGUUUAAAUGGGCAGAAAAAGCCACAUCUUCUAAUAAAGCUCUUCAAGUAAAAAGUCUUACGCAAAUUCAACAAGAAGAGCAAGAACGCAUUGCUAAGCAACAAGAAAAAGAAAGACAUGAAAAAGUAGUACAAAAAGAGUCGGCUAAUGUUCUUCCUAAUGCUGGUAUAUGGGGCACAGCAUCACAAUGUCUGAAUUGGACUAAUUCUAGCUCAUCCAGUAACAGUCAAGCUUGGUCUACUAAUACUAGUACUAGCGGUUUUUGGGAUGAUCCUACAACUAUGAGAUCAUCUCUUACUACUAAACAGACAACAAAACCAGCAACAACAAAAUCUACUUCUAAUCAACAGCCUCAACAACAACAGAAUAAUAAAUCAACUAAAAAUAAAGUAAAAAAAGAAGAGGAGCUAGUAAAAAAAUUAUUCGAACAAAAUACUGCCAAGCUUGACGACUUUACACAAUGGUGCAACAAAGCUUUAAGUGGUAUACAAGCUUCUGUCGACAUCCCUACAUUUGUUGGCUUCUUACGGGAUAUUGAAUCACCAUAUGAAGUAAAAGAAUAUGUACGUGUAUAUCUCGGCGAUAGUAAGCAAAGCACUGAAUUUGCAAAGCAAUUUUUAGAAAAAAGAAGUAAAUGGCGUUCAGCACAGAGACCUCAAGCUCAGGUAGAUAAUUUGUGCAAACCUGCACCAGCUGUAAAUCCAAAUGCUCCUACUGAAUUUCAGGAAGUCAAGGGAAAAUCUAAGAAACCCAAGAAAGGAAAAAUGUUUAAAGUGGACAAUAGGAUCCUUGGAUUUAGUGUAACUGCAGCACCUGAUCGUAUAAAUGUGGGAGAUCGCGACUACGGAGAAGAUGUUUAAGCGCAUUCCGUGCUAUUAUUACUAAAAUUGAGGAAAUUAAGCAGCGCUCAAUUCAUCAAAUGGUUCGUUAUUUAUUUAUUGUAGAUCAUACAAAAGGUUCGAAAGAUUCCAUUGUGAGUAUAAUCAAUUCAUAAAGCAUAACCAAUUUUUCUGUAAAAAUAAUAUUUACUAGAAUUGAUUUUAAUUAAUUUUAUUCCAUAAUGGGAGCCUUAUGAAUCUGUAUGGCGUAGCAUUAUUAUUUCUUUAUUUGAUUGAAGCUAGAUUGUGUAUCUAAUUAUACCCAUUGUAUAUACUGUUUAACAAUUUAUUAAAUAAUUUGAAAAUGUUUUGCUUUAGAUAUGCGACAUCUAACAUUGAAAAAAUUUUAUAAAAUUUCAUCAUCAUCAUUUUAGUACAUAGACGAAAUACAAAGAAUUUAUGUCAAUCGAUAACUUGUAUACAUAGAAACAUCGCAGUCGAUAGCAAUAUGUGCUUGUAAAGGUAUUAAACGAUGAAUUUAACAUUGUUAAAACUUAUUUAAAAUCAUGGAAAAAAAAAUAUAUAUAUAUAUAUAACCACCCACCCAUCCACACACACACAAAUACAUACACAUAUAUAUAUAUAUAUAUAUCAUCUUUGUACAGAGCACAGCAUAAUGUGCAUCAGUGUUAAGCAAUCGAGCAUGUCGUAUAUAUGAAUCCUAUGGAUUUCUUACUUUCUAGAAAAUGUCAUAAAAAUUCUGCUUUACAUUAUAUUUCAUAAACCGUUAAAAAAAAAAAAAAAGAAAAAAAAACAGUAAGUCGCACUUUUUCUGCAGUAAAGAAAUUUUUCGUAUGAUAAUAAAUAUAACUAUACUAUCGUAAGAAAAUGUUACAUGUAAUAUUGCAUUGUUUCUAAAUAAUAAAUGAAUGAAUGAAAAGUUGCAAGCAAGAUUGCUCUUGCUGUGCUUCGCAUACUAACCUGUAUAAUAGUAACUUAUAUUAUGUUUAUAAAUACGGCAGUGUUUUCUUUUUUGUUUUUCUUUUUUUAGAAAUAUUGAUAUACAACUUCGUAUUAUCUGGAGAAUAAAAAUUCUUUAUCAUUUUAUAAGUUUUAGGAACUAAUCAUUUGUAUUUGUAACUGCAGUGAAAAUAAUGUACAAAACAAUAAAAUUCAAAUAUUUGUUAAUAAUUUUGCAAGACAUUAUCGAAAAUAUAAGAAAUAAUAAUAAUAAUGAUAAUAAUAAUAAUAAUCAUUAAUAAUGAUGCAUGUCUAUGUAUGGAUCUUACCAACAUGAUUUUUUUAUUUUUUGCUUUCAAUCAAAUGUCUAGCAUUAUGGAAUCGUUACAGGAUUGAAUUAAUAUAUUAAAAUAAAAUUAAAUAAUUUCGUAAAGUUUUACUUGUAAUCAUAAAUGUUAUGCUGAAAAAUUCAUCUAUCUGAUUUCAUGAUGCAUAAAUAUUUUUAGCCUUUUAAUUUUUUGUUUCUAAUUAAAUUUGUAGAUUGAUAACAUGGCACGGAUACUCUACCCUUUGCGCGGAAUGUUACAACAGAUCUGACCGCUCAUAAUAUUAUAAUGAUUGUUAAUUAAGGUUCAUUGGUUUUCUCUUAGAAUUUAUACAAAAUAGUUUUAGGAGAAUUCCAUUGACCCUUAUAUGAAAGAUUUAUGUAUAAAUAGAUAAAUGUACAGUAAUACAAUGAUGAUUAGGCAGAAACAGAUAAUUGAUAUUGUAUCAAUAUUAUUAUUGUAUCUAAUGGACAACAUAUUAAAAUAAAUAUUACUAUAUUUUCAAUUGGAUAGUUUUGUUUUUGGUUUUAUAUAUUAUACAUGAUUUUUAAAAUUUUUAUUCUUGGAUAUACUGAUUUUUCAUAUUUACAAGGAAUUUGUUAAAAAUUUAUAUUUAUUUACAUUUGAAUAACGUUGUUUUGAAUAAAAUUUAUAUAAUUUUACUUAUAUUGGUAAGUUAAUAGAAAAAAAAGUUUGAAUACAAAAUAUAGACAUUGCAUAAUAAUACAUUUUAUAUAAAAAUUCUGUUGCUGCAUCAUCUUUUACUGGUAAGAUAAAGGUCAUAAAAAGGAAAACAUUAUAUAAGACAUUGUAUAAUUCAUAUUCUUUUCUUAAACAUUAAUAAUAUCUAUAUUUUGAAUAUAUUAUUUUUAUUGCUUACUUAUAAAGUUUUGGAUUUAUUUCAUAAAUAUUUUUAACAAUAAUAUAUAAUUAUAAAAGUAUUUAAAAAUAUUUAAACACAUAGUAAGUAUAGAAAGUAUUCAUUGCUUAUAAUUUUCUAUAAAUGCGUAUUUCUUUGUCAUGUUUUAUACUUUUUCAUAAGGUGAUAUAAAAGAUAAAAAAUUACCAUAUAUUUUAACUAUUAAAUAUAAUGAAGAUAAUCCUACAAAAAUAAUAAUUUAAAAGAAAAAAUAGAUAAUUUUGUAAAUGCAUCAUUGAUUUCUAUUUAUAAUAUAAGAAAUGAAUAAUUUAAUAUCUUCUAUUAUAAAAAAUUUACACACAUUAAAAUUACACACACACACACAAACUGUG